AAACGCGCGUGAACUACUCUUCUGGCGUCGGAGAUGCUGUGCCCCGUCUCGCCAUCGCCGGCACUACUCUCCGCGGCAACGAGGCAGCCAAGCACGCUGACCACCAUCUGGCCGGCACCAGUUCGUCGGCCGGCACCAAGCUUCCCACCCCUGAAGCUGCGACCGGCCGAUACGGCUGCCCUUCGCCCGCGGUGCCUGGUGACCCGGGCUCGGAUGAACCGCGGCCGCGAGGUCGAAGAGCCGUUCAAUCCUAAUCACUUCGUUGAGGAGAACAAAACCAUCUUGCGGCGCUUCCUCGAAAUCCACACGACUCCCGAGGGCAUCCUGCACCGCGAGGCCGUAGAUGCGUCGGCACGUGUCUGUCUUGCAGCAGCAAAAGCUGUCACGAUGGCUUCCCAACUCGUGGACAGUGCUAGCCUGACUGCCGGUCUUUCCAAUGAGAUUUCCAAAGACACAGUGCAUAGGACACUUGGAGCAUAUGUGGAUGUCUUCCUCCACACCACAGAGGACUCUCAAAACAAAACGUUUAAUAGGGACUCUGUGAUGUGGUUUCUCGACGCCCUAAGAGGGUUGGCUUCUAUCAGCCACAUCCUGCUUGAAGACGCUCUCGAGGCUCUCAGCCACACGCACCCGAGGGCGAGCUUAGCAGAGUAUGCCUACAACAGCGACGUGAAGAAGAUGCACCGUGAGUUUAAUUGGCAGAUGGACGACCUCGAAGAUAGCAUUUGGAACGGUAUUAGAUUUAGUAGUGACAUAUGCAAGUUGGUGCUGCCGACGAUGCGUAAAGGUGUUGACAUUACUCAAUCCUUCUUGGGGCUCAUGGUGGCUCGUCGGCAAAGAACAUUAGAAAAGGCAUCAAGCAAAGUAUGUUAGCAUGGUUUUUGUGUGAACAAAUUAAGGACCGUCUAGUUAUCUGUUAUAAAAUACCUGUGGGAUGGCCCACGCAUUUGAACGGUUAUUGUUGAGAAUCCAAAUGUUCACGUGUCUUUGUAUCCUCAUUUAUUUUUAAUACAUGUCCUUACCCAUGACCUCUUUUUGUUGCACACUAUGGCUGAUUGCUAAAAAUAACUCAAAAUCUUGCUCUA